AUGUCAAGAAAAGAAGCUAUCGCUAUUGUUGGAGUUGGUUGUAAAUUACCAGGAAGCAUUUCAAACAUCGAUCAAUUCUGGAGCGUAGUUGCCAAUGGUACCGAUUGCCUUACAAAGAUCCCAGCUGACCGUUGGGAUGCAGAUACCAUUGCCUCAAAGGAAUUUAAAUUAAACAACAGAAUUGGAGGAUUUUUAGACAACAUUGACCAAUUUGAUCCACAAUUCUUUGGAAUGUCACCAAAGGAGGCAGCCCAAAUAGAUCCACAACAAAGACUUGUAUUACAAGUUGCAAUGGAGGCAUUAGAAGAUGCCAAUAUGUCAUUCAAACAAAUCAAAGGAACAAAUGCUGGUGUUUUCAUUGGAUCGAGUUCGAAUGAUUAUCAGAGAACAAUGAGCAUGGGUGAAAUCAACCAAUUCACCACCCAAGGUACCAAUUCAUCGUUUUUAUCCAAUCGUCUAUCCUACUUUUUGGAUAUUUCAGGUCCAAGUUUAACUGUAAACACUGCAUGCUCUUCAUCGUUGGUUGCAAUCCAUCUCGGUGCACAAAGUAUUUGGAGAGAUGAAUGCAGAGUUGCUAUUGUUGGUGGUGUCAAUAUCAUUGCCAAUCAAAUCCAAUCAUUGGACUAUGGUGAAGCUGGUCUUCUCAACACCGAAGUAAAUGGUCGUUGCUACAGUUUCGACGAUCGUGCCAGUGGUUACGUCAGAGCAGAGGGUGCUGGAAUUUUAAUCUUGAAAAAUCUUUCGGAUGCCAUCAAAGAUCGUGAUGAAAUUCAUUCCAUUAUCCUAAAUACUGGAACCAAUCAAAAUGGACAAACACCACAAGGUAUAACUUCACCAUACGCAGCAUUACAAGAAUCACUUUUGAAUAAUUUGAUGGAAGGAGCAAAUGUUGUUCCAAGUGAAAUCGGUUAUUUUGAGUGUCAUGGUACAGGAACUCAAAUGGGUGAUGCCAAUGAAACAGAAGCCAUCGGUAAGAGUAUUGGUAUGAAGCGUGAAUCGCCACUCCCAGUUGGAAGUGUAAAGAGUAACAUCGGUCAUUUGGAGGGUGCCUCUGGAGUGUGUGGAUUGAUCAAGACCAUCGCUUGUAUCAAAAACAAAAUGAUUGCACCAAUCUGUCCAGCAGGAUUCGAAAAGUUGAAUCCAAAGCUUGAAUUUGAACAGUUGAAUCUCAAUGUACCAACUGCUCUUACCGAAUGGAACGACGAACAACGUUUGGCAGUCGUAAAUUCAUUUGGUGUAGGUGGUUCCAAUGCCAGUAUUCUCUUGGCAAACUACCGUCAUUGUCUAAAGAACUCCAGUGACUCUGUCGAAUCCAACGGUUCACAAGAGGAAUCUGGAAUUUCACACAUGGAAGUAUUCAGUGUAUCCGUUAACUCCAACGAUAAGGAACACUUGAAGCAACGUGUUCAAGACAUGAUUGACUAUCUCAAUGCCAAUGGUGAACAGACCGUUCUCAAGGAUAUCUGUUACACCUCCAAUGUCCGUACCAAUCAAUUGUCCAAUCGUGUAUCGUUCAUGAUUGAAUCGGUCGAAGAUCUCAAAGAUAAACUUCAACAGUUCCUCAGUGUUGAAGAGGAUGAUCUUCCAUCGACUGUCUUCAUGAAGGACAGCAGCAGUGCUGAGACAUUUGGAACCAAGAAGUUGGCAUUUGUCUGCUCGGGUCAAGGUCAACAAUGGAUCUCCAUGGGAAAGGAGUUGUUUGACAGUUCACCAAUUUUCCGUGCUGAAUUUAUGAAGUGUUCCAGCUUGUUCCAAGCACUCUCUGGCUGGUCGAUCAUUGACAAGGUAUUCGACUCGCGAAACACCGAAGCCAUUCACGACACAUGGUUGGCUCAACCAGCUAUCUUUGCCACUCAAGUUGGUAUUUGCGCUGUUUUGAAAUCGGCUGGUGUUGUCCCUGCAUCGGUCAUUGGACAUUCACUUGGUGAAGUCGUUGCCGCUUACCUCGCUGGAAUCCUCUCCAUCGAAGAUGCCACCAAGUUGAUGUGGGUACGUAGUCAUCUCCAAAACAAAACAACUGGUACCGGAAAGAUGUGUAUUGCCGUCGUCUCAAAGGAAGACAUUCUUGCUGUUGCCGAGAGAUACUCUUACACCAACAAGAUCUCCAUUGCCGGAAACAACUCGACCAAGUGUGUCGGUAUCUCAGGAAGCAGUGCAUCCAUGGAUGCAUUCAUGAAUAUCAUGAAGAACGAGCACAUUGCCUACAAACCAAUUCGUAUCAACGCUGGAUUCCACAGCUAUCUUAUGGACUCUAUCAAGGAUGAGUUCUAUUCACUGUUCCCAAAGAUCGAGCAUCGUGCUCCUCAAAUUCCAUUCUACUCAACCACCAAUGGAAAGUUGAUCGAUGCAUCCAACUACAAUUUGUUGGGAGUUGACUACUGGUGGUCAAACAUCCGUGAGACCGUAAUGUUCAAGGAGGCAUUGGGAGAGUUGGUAUCAAAUGAGCAAUUCGAUGGAUUCGUUGAGAUUUCAUCGCACCCAAUCAUCUCAUUCUUUGUCAAUCAUAUGAUCCGUGAGAGAUCCACCAACCAUUUCAUUGUUCCAACAAUGUCACGUGAUUCCUCCAACUUUGACACCUUGAUGACCCUGUUCUCAAAACUCAGUGUCAAUGGCUAUGAAAUUUCAUGGGAUGCUAUCUACCUCCCACGUCGCCACAUGGCUAUCAAGUUGCCAGGUCGUCGUUGGAACAUGGAUUCCUACUGGGUAGAAUCCACACAAGCCAAAGUCGAUCGUAUCGAUCUCCCUAAGAGCGCUUCACUCACUCGUAAGCUUGUUUCUCUCACCCCAUCGUUUGAGAUUCGUUUGGACAACCCAAGAUUCUACUACCUCGCUGACCAUCGUAUCCAAAACCAAGCAAUCUUCCCAUAUGCCCUCUACCUCGAGGUGUUCUAUGCUGCCAUGAGCGAACUCAAAGAUCAAAUGCCAGCAUCACACUUUGAAUUGUACGACUUUGAGAUCAAGACAGCACUCGAGAUCGACGCCAAAUUCACCAAUGUCGUCCAAAUCAACUUCAGUUCCGACUUGACCAAGUUUGAAAUCGGUAGCAUCGUUGACACCACUGUUCCAAUCAAGUGGACAAUCCAUGCAUCGGGAAAAGUUGCUCACGUCAACUCUUUCAAGGUGAAAUCGACCAACAAUGGAAAUCCUCUAAUGAACGCAAUCAACUCUGCCAACAGAAUUGUCAAAGCCAAGGAUUUCUACCGUAGUAUCACCGCACUUGGUUACAACUACGGACCAUCUUUCCAAGCACUUGUUCGUUCCGCCAUUUUGGACAGCACCUCACAAGUUUCAGAACUCCAACUUCCAUCCACCUCGGACCUGGAGAAGCAUGUUACUUCUGACUUUGCUUUUAUUCAUCCUUCUGUGAUGGACGGUGUAUUCCAAUCUUGUUUCACACCAAUCGAUCAUAAGAGAGAAGGUCUCUGGAUCCCACAGACAUUCGAAAAGAUGUCAGCCAAUCUAACCGCACCAAUCGAUAUUCGUACUCCAAUCUACUCGAUUACAAAGAUCACCAAUUUCAAAGACAAGAACACCUUUGUCUGUGACAUCGCUGUUACUAAAGACAAUGGUGAAGUCAUCUGCAAGUUUAGCAAUAUGACAAUGAAGUGUAUUGCCAGACCAACUCAGAAGGAUAUAACACUCGGUGAACAACUAUGGAGAUACCAAUGGAAAGAAGGUUCUCACGAAGGACGUGUGGAUAUCAACCAAAUGAAAUUGGAUGGUCAUUUCAAUCAUACCUUGAUCUUCACUGGUGACGAAGGAUCGCCUCUCACUAAGAACUUGGUUGAAUACAUUAAGGAGAAUUACAAUUCCAGUGCCAACAAUAUUGUCAUUGUCACCAACGGUGAAAGUCUAACACAACGUCAAUCGGAGCUUGGUCAAGUUAUCACUUCGCCACUCAACAAGGAUGCCAACUACUCCCCAUUGUUUAACAAACUAAAGAUGCUCAACCCAGGUAAAUUCUGGUCGACUGUUAUCCUCCCGGAUUUCUUCAAAGCCAAUGUCAACCAGCCAACCUGUGAAUCCGUUGAAGAAUCAUACGCUCGUCUAAUGUAUAUUCUCCAACAAGCAAGCUCCAAUGACUUCUCUGGAAGAAUCACCAUGAUUUCAAAGAGUGGACAGGUUGUAGAGUCGUCGGACCUCGUUGACUACACCCACUACUCGUUAGUCGGUCUCUUGAGAACCUUCUCCAAUGAAAACUAUAAUUUCUACUGUUCGAUGAUCGAUAUCGACAACUCUACUGCACCACUCGAUUGGAUGAGUGAGUUGUCCUGUUUCGACACCAAGGGUGAAGUUGCCUUUAGAAAUGGAAAGCGUUUCACCUACGACUUGGUCAAUAACCAAUCACUUGGCGAUGCCAUUGUCAAUUCCAAUGCAAAGGCAGACCGUCGUUUCCAAGUGGAUAUCAGUGAUAACGGUGUCAUUGCAGAUAUGAAAAUCAAUGAAACCAAACGUCACCAACCUAAAGCUGGACAGGUCGAAGUCAAAGUAGAUAUCACAUCGCUCAACUUCCGUGAUAUUCUAAAGACACUCGGUCGUGACUAUGAUCCAAACCAUCUAACAACAAUCGGUGACGAGUUUGCUGGAACAAUUACUGCUGUCGGUGAGGGUGUCACUCAAUUCGCUGUUGGUGACCAAGUUUUCGGUGUCUUUAUGGCUCGCUCCAUGUGUUCCUACAUCACUUGUCCAAUCGAUUUGGUAUUCAAGAUUCCAAAGGGAUUGACACCAGAACAAGCCUGUACCAUUCCAAUUACUUUCUUGACUGCAUGGUAUUCAAUUGUUGUCCAAGCCAACCUCAGAAAAGGUGAGUCUAUCCUUAUCCACUCUGCUGCAGGUGGUGUCGGACUUUCCGCUGUCCAAAUUGCUCGUUACAUUGGUGCUGAAAUCUUUGUCACCGUUGGUACCGAAGACAAGCGUGAAUACAUGGAAAAGACAGUCGGUAUUCCAAGCUCAAACAUUAUGAACUCUCGUAACUCCAGCUUCUACAAGGACAUCAUGAGCAAGACCAACCAACGUGGAGUCGACGUUGUUCUCAACUCACUCUCUGGCGAGCUCAUUGACAAGUCGAUUCUCUCGCUUGCCAACUACGGUCGUUUCGUUGAAAUCGGUAAGAAGGACAUCUAUGCCGACUCCAAGAUUGGAUUGCUCCCAUUCAGAAACAAUCUCAGCUAUUUGGCUGUUGAUGUCGCUCAGAUGACAGUGAAUAGAGUUGCUUACUUGGCAGAGAUGAUGAACAAUACUUUGAUCCCAUUGUUUGAGAGCAAGGAUCUUGCUCCAUUGCCAACCAACACCUUCACCAUUAGCCAUGUUGUUCAAUCGGUCCGUCAUAUGUCCACUGGAAAUCAUAUUGGAAAGAACUUGGUUAGUUGGAGUGACCUCGAAAAGGCAACAACAAACGACUUACCAAUUCACUUGGACAGUGAGUCAACUUACCUCAUUACUGGUACCGGUGGUUUGGCAUUGGUAUUUGCUCAGAAGUUGGCAAAUCUCAACGCUCAUCAUUUGGUAUUCGCUUCCAAGAACGGUGCAGAUUCCGAUUUGAAAAAGAGAUACUUGGAUAUGUUAGAGGAAGUCGGUGUCAAGGUUGAGGUUAAGAAAUGUGAUCUCGCCGAUCGCCAACAAGUCAAUGACUUACUCAGCGAGUAUUCUUCAUCACUCAAAGGUAUUUUCCACACUGCCGGUAUGCUCUCUGAUCAAUCGCUACAGAAUCAAACAUUGUCAACCUUCAACAUUCCAUUCCACUCGAAAGCAAACAGUGCUCUUCACCUUCACAACUGUUCGAUGGAAUUGAAUUUGAAGUUGGAUUACUUUGUAACUUGUGGAUCGAUUAUCACCCCCUUCGGUAAGCCAGGACAGUCUAACUAUGCCACUGCCAAUCGUUUCGUUGAAGGUUUAACAUUGGAUCGUCAACGUCAAGGUCUAGUUGGAAGCUGUAUCCAUUUGGCACCAAUCCCAGAGAUUGGUAUGUCCGCCGAAGAAAAGAUUGCUCAAGGUCUGAGAAAUGUUGGUCAUACUCCCUAUGACUCUUUGGACGCUAUGUGCGAUGGCAUUGCUGAGAGUAUCAGUGCACGUGCUCAAGACAAGGUUGUUGUCUACUGUGACAUUGAUGUCAAUAAAUGGAUGGUUGCAUUCCCAGGAUUCCGUCUCAAGAAAUCGAUCAUCAAGUCAUUGGAUCCAAACUACACUCCACCAGUUUCGCCAGCUGCUCUCAAGGGUAACGACAGCAUUGAGAAUUCACUCAAGAAGAUCGUCUCUGACAUUAUGGAAAUCAAGCUCGAAAAGAUCGAUGCAUCCUCCAACUUCAAGGAUCUUGGAUUGGACUCUCUAUUGGCAUCGGAACUUACCAACUCGAUCCACAAGAAGUUCAGUGUGUUUGUGCCAUCACUUUCGCUACUCGAUCGUAAAUCAACCAUUAGAAGUCUAGUCGAUAAGAUCAGUCCAGACGCCGCCGCAGAUACUAUGCAACCACUCUCGAUUAGAACCGAAGAUGAAGUAGUACGCAAGACCAUCGAGAAGAUUGUCAAUAAGCAAUCGUCAUCAUCUUCAUCAACUCUCCAGAAGAAACAACCAAUCCCAAUGGUUAACUUGAAUGGAAACGGUCCUAUCAAAGCACAACCAUCCACUCUCAAAGCACAACCAAUCAAAGCUGCAACAGCCAACAUCGCUCCAAUUCCAGAGAAGCGUCCAAUUGAUUUGAUUCCAUCACCACUUAAUUUAUACAAGAACAACCAUUCCAAUAACAAUAACAAUAACUCACAAUCGCCAAUCGUUGUAUCACCAUCGCCAAGCUCCAACUCCUAUGUAUCGGUCACCAACUCGCCAUACUUGAGCCAUACAUUGCCAGUGGCAGCACCAUUGAUUAAACAACCCACUGGCUUGACAACUGCCGAUGACUAUGCCACUGCUAUCUAUGCCAUCGAACCACUUGCAGCUCCAUUCUGUACAGACCAACAGACAGUCUACAACCACUACAAAGAUCAUACCACAGAGUCAACCUUUAUGAGAAAUGUCUACAAGAAUUGCAAGAUCAAAGAACGUUAUAUGUUUGUUGACAGUCAUGACCACAUGGCAUUGAACGCCAUGCCAUCGUCCAAGAAGAACACAAUGUUUGCCGAUAUCGUGCACGACACCGUUGUGAAGGCAGGUGAACGUAUCCUCAAGAACAACAAUGUCGAUCGCUCACAGAUCUCACAUGUGAUCGGUGUCACCUCGACUGGUAUAUUCGCACCGUCGAUCGAUGCCAUGCUUUGUCGUGCACUCGGCCUCGAUGAAAAGGUAGGAAGAACCAUGAUUAACUUUAUGGGUUGUGGUGCCGCCGUCAUUGCUCUGAGAACGGCCGUCGCCUACGCCAACAAACGUCCGGGAACCUACGUGCUAAUGAUGUGUGUAGAAUCGUCCUGCACCAACAUGGAUCUCGAUCCAAACGAUCGUGGUGACAUUGUAUCCGGAUGUAUCUUCAGUGACGGAUGUGCCGCUUCGCUGAUUACCUGUCAGCCACGCGCCAACCUCGUCGGCAAGCUCGAGUGCAUCGACGAUCUCUCCUACCUGAUGCCCGACUCCAAACAUGCAUUGGAGAUGUUCAUGGGUGACAGAGGUAUCGAUUUGGCACUACGACCGGAACUAUCGGCCUGUAUCGAGAAACACAUUAGAUCGACUAUCGAAUCGUUCCUUGCCAGCCACGGAAUGGAAGUGCCAGACAUGGAUUUCUGGGCAAUUCAUCCGGGUGGUCGUCGUAUCCUUGAAGCCGUUCACCAAGGUUUGAAUCUCGGACCCGAGGAAAUGGCAGAGUCGUACGACGUCAUGAAGUGGUACGGUAACAUGGUAUCUUGUUCCGCAAUGUACGUACUGAAGCGUAUCAUCGAGAGAAUCAUGAAUCUCAAGAAUGAAAACGGUAAAGGAUUGAACUACGGUAUGGUAAUGGCAUUCAGUCCUGGUGCAUCAAUUGAAGCAAUGCUCUUAAAGAUGAUUAAAUAA